AAUUCACCACUCGACGAUUGAGAUCAAAUAAUUAUUAAUUAUUCAACAAUAAAUCACUAAUAAAAAGACAAACGUUAGAAAAUGAACUCUACGAGUCUCAAAUAUUCCAUCGAAUAGACAGAUACCUCCGCUUGAAGCCAUAAACGCGUAGAUUUUCGCAAUAUCUCUGGAAACUUGGGUAACUUCAACGAACAUUUUCCGGCAUCUUGAAACCAGACCUGAAAAAAAUUCAAAAUAACGUGUAAAUAAAGUCGAAAUCUUGUUUAUUUUGAAUUCAGAGAAACCAGUGAAAACACUUUCGUUUUCGUAAAUCGUAAUUUAGAAAUUGAAAGUAUUGAAUAUUCAGUAAAAAGAACAGUUCAUCGGUAUUAAUGCUGAAAAAGAAAUCAUUCUCGCGUUCGAUGGCUUCCAUGAGAGAGCUAUUUCCAUUACACGAUUAUAAGAAAAAAACGCAAAAGAAUUUCAUCAAAGAGAACAUCCAGAAGGUGAAAGGAUGUAAAGGAUGCUUCUUGGAGAAGAAAAUGUUGAAAAUUGGUAAUCUUCAAGACAAGCACCAAGAAUCUAAACCGAUCAAGCAUUCCUCAAGCACCAAUUCUAUCGCUCCAUCGAUCAAAUGCAACGUGAAAAUAAAACAAAAGACUACUCAAAAUGGUAAAAAUGCACCGAACGAGAACGAGUUGAAUUUAAUAAAUCAAAGUAGUCAAACUGAAAUUAAUCGCGAAGAUUUCGAUAAUAUUUCCGUCAACUGUCAAUCUUGCGGACAACUAAUUGAUCGAAGAAACGUAGCAUUACAAACUUCAGUCGAUAAGGAUCAAACUUCGGAUAAAAAAACGAACCGAACAUCGAAUCCAAAAGACCCAAAAGACCUCCCUCAAAAUAAGAAAGAAUGCCCGUCGAAAAAAUCAUUAGAUUUAUCCAAUUAUAAAAUGGGCGUCGUUCCCAAAUACUUGAAAGAAAAAAACGCCAGACUAGAACUCGAGCAAAAAGAAAAAGCGGAACAACAAAAAUUAGCCGAAUUACGAGGUUUAAACGAUCCAAAAUGUCCCCCAGGACACAUGCUAAUGCCCCCCGACGAACUAAGAAACCAAAUAGACACCAUGGAAGCUGAUUUCAACGCUUUGAUCAAACAACUCAAUAUGAUGCCGGUUAGCAGCGACUCUUAUCGAGUCAGACAGCGUAAAAUUCAAAUAGAAAAAGCUCUCAAAGAAUUGGAAGAGAAACUGGAUCUUUACAAGACCGGAAAAGUUUACGUGCAGAUGUCUGAUUGAUGAUAGUAUUAAUUUCUUCUACUCAGAAAAUGCUAUGCACUCGAAUGAGCUUUUGAAUCCGUCCGUAAAGAAGUGUUGCCUUUGAUGAUGCACUUCUACUCUAGUCAAUUAGUUACCAUAGUAAGAUGUUAUAAAAUUUAUGUUGUAAUCAAAUUGUUCCUUUAAUUGAUAAAAGUAGAAUUAAUUUGAUUAAAUUUAUAUUUUGAGGAUA